AAAAAAACCCCAGGACUGUGGCGAAUCUGCUCCUCUCAAUAUAAAGGUCCAGCUGAGGCAGACAUGAGAAAUCCGUCGCUUCCAGGCGGGCGCCAGUCUCCGUGGGAAAGGAAACCUGGAUAUUGCUGAGCAGUUCCAAGGCGGGUUUUCCUACGACCAUUUUAAAGUCCUUGGAAGGCGAGCUUUGAUUUUCAUCCAUGCGCCACGAUCGGCCAUCGUCAUCGAACAUGAACAAGUGGAUGCCCAUUGCCAAGGAGUAUGACCCGCUUAAAGCCGGCAGCAUCGAUGGCACCGACGAAGAACCACAUGACCGGGCAGUCUGGAGGGCAAUGCUGGCCCGCUACGUCCCCAACAAAGGCGUCACGGGAGAUCCCCUCCUCACCCUGUUUGUGGCAAGACUCAACCUGCAGACCAAAGAGGAGAAGUUAAAGGAGGUAUUUUCCCGAUACGGUGACAUCCGGCGGCUUCGGCUGGUUAGGGACUUGGUCACCGGCUUUUCAAAGGGCUACGCCUUCAUUGAAUACAAGGAUGAACGUUCCCUGUUGAAUGCUUACAGAGAUGCAGACGGCCUGGUCAUCGACCAGCAUGAGAUAUUUGUGGACUACGAGCUGGAAAGGACUCUCAAAGGGUGGAUUCCUCGGCGGCUUGGAGGAGGUCUCGGGGGGAAAAAGGAAUCUGGGCAGCUGAGAUUUGGGGGACGGGAUCGGCCUUUUCGAAAACCUAUUAAUUUGCCAGUUGUUAAAAAUGACCUGUACAGAGAGGGGAAAAGGGAAAGGAGGGAGCGGUCUCAGUCCCGGGAAAGACACUGGGACUCAAGACCGAGGGAUCGAGACCAUGACAGGGGCCGGGAGAAGCGGUGGCAGGAAAGAGAGCCAGCCAGGGCGUGGCCUGACAAUGACUGGGAGAGAGAGAGGGAUUUUAGAGACGACAGGCUCAAGGGCAGGGAGAAGAGGGACAGAAGUAAAUGGAGGCUCAACAGUAAACCAGAAGAUGAAGAGAAAGCCUAAGUGAUUUUCGUGGACUUUAUACAAAGUGUAAGUCCCAUGGUUGAAUAAACAUCACUGAUGUUAACAGGAUUUGGAGUAAUUUUUCUUUCCAAUCUGGAACCCAGGUUUAAGCUGAAUACACUGACUUUGUGAAUUUAUCUUCUUCAUUCUCUAUAUGAGCUUCCUGUGGCCACUGUGACGAAGUAUAACAAACUUUGGUGGCUUAAAACAACAAAUUUAUUCUCUCACAGCUCUGCAGGCCUGAAGUCCGAAAUCAAGGUGUUGGCAGGGCUGUGCUCCCUCCGGAGGCUCUACGGAGUCCCCUCUUGCCUCUCUUAGCUUCUAGCAGCUCCAGGAAACAAACGCCUGGUGUUCCUUGACUCGGAGGUGCAUCACUCCAGUCUCUGCAUCUGUGUUCACAUGGCCGUCUUCCCUGUGUUCAUCUUCCUUGUCUUUUCCUCUUACAAGGAUACCAGUCAUAAAGAGAUCAGGGCCCAGGCUACUCCAGUAAGACCUCACGUUAGCUAAUAACAUCUGCAAAUACGCUACUUCCAAAGGAGGUCAUGUUUACAGGUACCGGGGAUUAGAAUGGCAACGUAUCUUUCUGGGGGACAGUUCAACCCCUAACAAUCUGCUCCUAGUUUAUCCUGCAGACCUGUGCACGCAUGUGAAAGGGUGUAUUUACCUGCAGCAGUUUGUGACAGUAAAAGCGGAAUGAACUUACCUGCCCAUGAGUGGGAGGCUGGAUAAGCAUUAAUAAAUCAUACACCUAUAUGAUAGGCCAUGGUUUCUCAACUUUGGCACUGUUGGCAUCUGGGACCAGGUAGUUCUUUGCCGUGGGGGGCUGUCCUGUGCACUGUAGGGUGUUUAGCAGCAUCCCUAGCCUCCACUCACAGGAAACCAGUAGCACUCUCCUCUCCAGCUGCAAAAGCCAAAAAUGUCUCUACCCACUGCCAUCAAUUCUGACUCACAGUGACCCUGUAGGACAGAGGAGAACUGCCCCAUAGGGUUUCCAAGGAGGAGCUGCGGGAUUCGAACUGCUGAUCUGGUCUCUAGACACUGCCAAAUGACCCCUGGGAGGGCAAAAUUGCCCAGGAUUGAGAAACCACUACCUUACAUGCUGAUGGGAGUGAUCCUCAGGAUAUUUUAAGGGAAAAAAGAAAGGUACAGAACAGCACGUAUACAGUAUUCUGCCAUUUAUAUAUAAAGAAAUAAGGGGAGUGCUAGAAACAUAUAUAUACAUAUACAUACAUAUACACAUGUAUAUAUAUGUGUGUGUACAUUAUAUAUAUAUAUCAAAUAUUUUUAGAAAUAUAGUUAAGAAACUGGUAACACUGGUUACCUGUGGGAAGAGGGUGGAAGGGCGAUUUCUCAGUGUUAUUAAGGUUGUGUGUCAACUUGGCUGGGCUAUGACUUUCAGUGGUUCGGCAGUUAGGAUGUAUGUAGUCUGGCAGUCGUAUAAUGAGGUAAUCACCUGCAUGUGAGACUGGAUGUAAUGUGAUCACCUCCACGAUGGGAUCUGCUGCGAGGAGCCAGCCAGUUGAAAGGGUGUUUCCUUGGGGGUGUGGCCUGCAUCCAACAUAGGUGGACUUUGUUGCAAGCCUGGUGGGGUUUUGCUUGCUCUGGAUCCUGCAGCUGGCUCUUAUUCACUGACCUCCGCUUCUUUGGACUUGAGCUAGCAGCUUACCUGUAGAUCUUGGGAUUUGUGAGCCUCCAGAGCCUGUGAGCCAGAGGCCUGUUGUCUGGCAACCUUGGGUUCACUAACUCCUGUCGCUCCAUGAGUCAGGAGAGGCUUCCAGCCUGACUGGCUGACUUGGGACUUUCCAGCCUCUACAACAGCAUGAGCCAUUUCCUUGAUAAAAAUCUCCCUCUCUCUCUCUCUCUCUCUCGCUAUACACACACACUUCACUGGUUUUGCUUCUCUGGAGAACUCAGUGUAAGACACUCAGCAUACAUGUUUUUAUUCUAAGAAUACUAAUUCUGCACAACUGGAGGUGAGGACAGUUGCUGUAAAGCAACAUCACCAUCCUAACUGAUCAUUUUGUCAGCAACAUGGAAAUGCGCUGUAUUGUAGAUUCUGUAAAUGGUCUGAUGGCUUUUAGCAAACAAUAGAAAAAAUAUACAAAGCAGCCCCGUCACAUGGACCUGAGUGCUUUUGUAGGAAACGCCACCUCUGCGGUCUGUGAACUUCCAGCUCUGCUGGUGGAGAGAAAGAGUGUUGUGUGGGCAAACCCCCAAGUCAUGGGUUGCAGACAGGACCAUGAGCUGGCCAGCCACGAGGUCCUCAAGCCAACUUCCACCCGCUGCCCUUCUCGGUCAAGUCUUCCCCCCAUCCACCGUCCUGCAUCCCCUAGGUGCCCUCACUCCGUUCCCAGUCUGCUUUGGCACAUUUGUCUUCUUAGCAGGGGACUACGUGAUAUUAAAAAAAAAAAACUCAGCUGCCAUCGAGUCGAUUACAACUCAUGGCAACCCCAUGUGUAUCAGAGUACAACUGUACUCCAGAGGGUUUUCAAUGGCUAAUAUUUUGGAAGCAGAUUGCCAGGGCUUUCCUCCGAGGUGCCUCUGGGUGGACUCGAUCCGCCAACCUUUCAAUUAGCAGCUGAGUGCCUUAACUAUUGCACCACCCAUAGUGAAUGCUAAAAGGAAAAAAGAUGCCGGGGGGAAAAAAUCCACACGAGAUAUUACAACAUCUCAUCC